AUAAAAGCACGGUGUUACAACGGGAAAUAUAACGGAGUAACGUAAUUAGCGAAUUCACUAGAUUAAUCGUUGUUAUUGUUAUAAGUUACACGUGAAACCAAUGCUUGAAGGACCUGUACUAUUUCCAUACUAAUAUCAUUACGUUCGUCAACACAUUUCUAGCCAGCUGCUUUAGUUAGCUAGCAAACUAACGUUAACCGGACAUCUUUUGUGUAGCGUUAGCUGCAUACUGGCUAGCUUGACAAUAGCUAUCUUGUCGAUAGGGAAGUUUAUCAUUACGUUUCUGGACCAAAUCCCAACUUCUUUGACUUUGGGACAGCUGGAGAAGUUGAAGCACAGCAGAGACUACAAAGUAGCUGGAUACCUAUUGACACUGUGUGGGGAGGAUGUCUUCACCAAUAUACUACAACCAAGACAGUGUUACUCGCUUCAAGAAAAGAAAAGCUCGCUUCUCUUUCAGUGAAGUCCACAUACUGUUGGAUGAAGUGAGGAAGCAUCGUAUGGUUGUUGUGGGCAAAUUCAAUCGUGGUGUGCCAACAGACAUAAAGAAGCGCACAUGGGCAGAGAUUACUGCACGUGUCAAUGAGAUCGGGGAGUGCCAACGUGAGGUCAUCGAGGUCAUCAAGAAAUGGUCGGAUCUAAAGUGUGACACUAAGCGGAAAGUGGCUGCCAUGCGGUCUGGGACAGUGCCUAACAGGGGCCUCAACUCUCGUCUCUCCCGAGACCUUAAUCAGACUGAGAAAAUAGUGCUCCAGAUUCUAGAGAUGGACGAGGAAGAUGGGCAGAGCACGGGAGACUUUGGCCCACUGGGAGAUGACGAUGAUGUGCCAGAGGAGGAAGAAGAAAUGGAAGAGGAGGAUAUGAUCGGAAUGCAGAGUUCUCCUAAUGGGGACUCUUCACAACCUACAUUUGAUGUGCAGUAUGAGGUACCUGGAACAGAAGAUGUUGAAGCUGCAUUUGGAGACUCAGACGAUGACCAAAGGGAUGACGUGCUUCCUUCCACUCAAGCUGCAAAACCAACAGAGGAUCACCAAGGAAACAAUGGUAUCCAGAAACAAGGACAACCUCAGAUGUCCUCUGGACCAGCAACGUCUACAGCCACGCUUCCAAUGCCAGGUCAGCCCUCGCAGAACAUGAGAGACAGCAUGCUACAUAAUGCAUCGCUGAGCCUUCAAGAACAGCAUGCCACCAACAUCCUGUUGGAGACGGUUUCACGCUCCCUCGAGCUUCUGUCUGAGUCGGUACAGCAGCUGGCAGAGACUCAGCAAGAGUUUGUGCGGGAGUCGCUGCACCUUCAGCGAGAGACGGUGCAGGUUCUCAGAGACUUCACAGGUGGAGCCAUUGCACUUAUGCAUGACAAACUAAAUGGACGACCAGCAUUAUAGCAACAAAGUGUCAGACAGAUGUUGUUAAGUUGUAUCACUGACUACAUACAUGGCCUUCAGGUGCAGGAACCUUUAAGUUCCUUUGGACUCCACCGCUGGUUACUGUACUUUUUGAUAGUAAUCAACAGAUUUUCUGUUGUUAUAUUUUAAAACUGUAUUCGUAGAAACAUUGUAUCGAUGGAAUUGCUGUCUGUGAGGUUACAUGGAAAUGGAUUGAGAAAAUAACCAACGUCAGCCAUAAAGAAAGAACAUGUGGAGGGUGUUUGUCUUCUGUUUUUUUUUGUGCUACUGAGCAUUUUUUAUUAAGCAUACACCACAUUUAAAGCCUCUACAUUCUUUUAACUUUGACAUGCAAAGAAUGAGUCUUUGAUUUUGAAAAGUCAGUCAAAUCCGUUUGUAUGUCCUUGUGUAAAUUGUAGUUGCAUCAGUGUCUGGAGAUUAUCACAUGUACUGUAAUGGUGAGUGGAUUUCCACACCUGACCAUUAUAUGGUCUUUAUGUCUGAAAGCUAAACAAGGUGUGUUAGAUAUUUUGACAUUUUAUGUAACUGAAUAAGUUGUGAUUGUCUGAUUUUGUUUUUUACAUUGCAAACUUGAAAAUGAAAAGUUUCAACAAGUUUCUUUUAAAUAUGAAAUAAACCCCUCAUGUAUUUAAA